GAUAUAUAAUAUUUCUGAUUACUCUGGUUAAAAUAAACUCUUUCGUAUUUGGCUAUUUUUUGGUAAGUCGACCAAUAAAUUAACGUUUCUUGAAGAUGUUGGAUUAGUGGGUAAAUUUUUGAGCUAAUUGGCUCCCUGCAUGUAAUUGAUAUAUACUUAAUAUAUUAUAAGAGUAUAUAUACAAUAUUAUAAUUUGUACCUAAAGAUGAAUACUUGGAAAUCCAUUGGUACUUGACAAAUAUGAUACUAUUGACAACGUCUAUUAUAACACCUUAUACUGUUUAAAUUUUUAUGUCAAAAUGGCUACUACGACAAAAAUGGUAUACAAGAACGAAGAUAAUUUAAUGAUCAAUACUCGAUUAAUGAAAAUAACUGGAUUAUACCAGUUAUUGGAUUCACGAACUUCAAAAAUCUUUGGUCAAAACAUGUUAAAAUGCAUGUCUUUAUUUCAACUGUCGAUCAUGUUCAUAACGGUGGUUAUAUUUCUUGCAAACACAUAUUAUUUUUCAGAUGACAUUAACGCAGUAAUGCAAUAUUCAAUAUUAUUUGUAUGCGAUGUACUUUCGAUUCUUAAACUUUAUGUCACAAUCGUAAAAUCAGAUACAAUAUGGAACUGUAUACAAAUGACAUCUAUUGACGACUUGUCUUACAAAUAUCAUAAUAGAAGCAUACUCAGAAAUGGCCAAUUGAAGUCCAAAUCGUAUUCUAUAUUAAUUAUGUUUAUGUGGAUGAAUCUUAUAAUACUUUGGGCACUGGCUCCUUUGUUUGUCACUAACUAUUUUUUAGAAGUAGAAGUCAAAAAUAAGAUUUACCGUUACCGCUUUAACAUAAUGAAUUUCGUAUUCCCGGCUACCGAUCAAUUCUACAACGACAAUUUCGUGAUUUAUUACUGUAUAGAAUUUGCCUGUCUGAUAAUAUGGUGCCAUUGCACAAUGAAUUUCGAUGUACUGUUGCUGUCGACGAAUAUUACGUUCAAAUAUCAGUUAAAAACUAUUGCGAAUUCUUUCAGUGCAUUCAAAAUUACACAUUACAUUAAGAAUAAUUUCACAAAAAAUAUUAAACACCACAAGGAAUCAGAAUUGAUAUUUGAUUUCAAGAGUAUAAUUUACGACCAACAGCGUGUCAUAGAAAACAUGAGAAAUAUUUACCGAAUAUUUCAACCCGUAGUACUUACUCAACUAGCUUUCGAGUCUAUAAUAAUAAUUCUACUAUCCUGUAUCAUAAUGAUGGUAAAAUUUUAUUAUUAGUGAAAAAUCAGAUAAUUUCUAAGUGGCUUUUUUUUCUUUAUUCAGAACUAUUUUAAUGGUAUAUCGUUGAUAUCGGCAAUGAACUUGAGACUAUUUGCAGCGGUAUUGACGUUUACAUUCCACAUUUAUGUUAUCUGCUACUUAUUUGACAAUGUCAACCAACAAAAAGAUUCGAUAAACUUUGCUCUGUAUAGUCAUGAUUGGACGCAAAGCAAUGCACAACAUAAACAUCUACUACUACACGCCAUGCGAAUGAAUAACGCCGAAAAUCUGAGACUAAAAGUGACAAAAAAUAGAAUUGUAAAUUUCAAAAUGUUUACUGAUAUCAUGCGGACAACGUAUUCAAUACUAUCAGUGUUGGGAAAGAUGUGUGCAAAAAAAGCGUAGACCACAUUAUUAAUUAUUAUGACGAUACUAUAGUUUUGGCCUGUGGGAGUUGAAUUCAAAGGUUCCGACAUAAUAAUAGGUAUUAUAUAAUUAACUAGUCGUCUAGAAUCCUGCAGAAUAUUCACCCAAAAUAAAAUAGCAUUAGUAGUUUUGUAAAUAAUAAACACGGUAUAGGUUUAGCGCUAGUGACAAAAAUAUAAAAUAUACAAAAAGAUGUUUUUAAUUUACGAUAAUAUUAUUGAUAUUGAUCGCAUUGUAACUAUUGAAAAUACAACAUAAUAUUUUAUUUAUUCGAGUUGUGUAUUUUAUUAGAGUUUGCAGGUCGCAUACUGCUGCAGUCAUAC